GGAAUAGCUUGGAACAAUUAAAGUCUCCGUGCAUCUGGAGGCAGCGAAACUCAGCAGUGCAUCUCACAGGAUUCUCCCCAACUCAGAUAACAUUCAAUAACAUCAACGAGGACAUCCGAAACACGAUCAGUGCGAGAAGACAUAGGAGGAAGUUCAUUCCACUUAUGCAAUUAUGGAUUAGAUGA